UCCCGUACCAAAAAGUGACCUUUUCAAGAGUUGACCGCCGAAUAGCACCCAGCGACGCGGUCGCUCUGACAGAACGACCAUAUUUUUAAUUUCCAACAGUCUGCUCUAUCCUAUCUCACCGGCGGCAGCUUGUUUGCUGUGCAUAUCAACGGACAUGGGAGGCCGUGAGAGCACAACCAGGAAAGUGUCAUUCGGUCUGGACGAGGAGGAAAAAGUGACAGUUCUCCAAGGAAUCAAGCUUUCCGAAGAUGUCCUGCAAAGGAUGCGGGACCCGGAGCCUGCCCCGGCGCCUGGAGUGAAGCCACCGAAACCCGAGAGCCGCACGGGGCCUCCGCCAGGACCAUCCGCUGCUCAAAUGCAAGAUGAACUACGGAGGAGGUUCGAGCAGCAGCAGGCCAUGGUGCAGGAGGAGCUGGCGCGCAUCGCUCGCAGGGAGCGGGACGCCGGCGACGAGAACGUGGGCACCGCCGUGCUGAGAGAGCGCAACAAGACCAGGGAGGAGCAGGAGAAGGCCCAGAGCCUGCCUGCAGAAUUGGAUGCUUGGGCUAAACAGUUGGACAAGAAGGAGGCUGAACUCCAGCAACUGUCUGCCUUCUACAAAGAGCAGCUGCUGCUACUGGAGAAGAAGAACAUGGAUAUCUACCAGGAGGCAGCCGACCAGUACAACCAAGCUGCAAGCAAAGCAGAGGCCCAUAUUAAGCCACGCCAUGUUGUUCCCAUCUGCCCUGGGCUGCAGUCUGAUGUGCUGAACUGCUAUAAGGAGAACAAACACCAGACCCUGCUUUGCUCCAGCCUGGCCAAGGAGUACAUGAACUGUAUCAACACUGCAAAAAAGAACACAAUGGUGAACCACGGAUGAGGAAGACCACUUGGAGGAGGAAGACCAACGCCCAUCUCUUCACUCCCUCCACUAUGGCCCGGACUGAAAACUCCAGAUACCACUUUAACUCCUGUGUGUGUGUGUGUGUGUGUGUGUGUGUGUGUGUGUGUGUGUGUGUGUGUGUGUGUCUGCAUUGUAAACACACUGCCGCUGUCGUUGUGAAGGAGCGCCUUGACGCAGGCAGCCGCUGGCACCUCUCUUAUUUCAUGUUUAUUUUAUACACUUUAAGCUGCUGUCAUUUGGGUGUCGCACAGAUAUGCUAAUCACUUCUCUUUUUUUUCUUUUUUUUUUUUUUUAAGUAAGCACAGUGCCAGCUUCUGACAAGUACAAGUGCGCUACCAGCUUGAGUAAUCAGCCGGUGUGUUUACACUGCAGGUGUGCGUGUGCGUGUGUGUGUAUAUGCAUAUCUGGGUGUGUGUGGAUCUAUGAGACUGUAUCCAUACAUACCCGUGUGUGUGUGUGUGUGAGUGUGUGCGUUUGUGUGGUUUGACUUGACUGUGUUGAAGUGAAGUGUGUUAUCAUGACUUGCCAUCUGCCUUCAUCUUGAGGCUUUUUUUGUUUCUGGGCGAGGAGCCUCUGUGGUUGUUGGCUCGAGUGUUUUCACAAAUAAAAUAAAAUAAAAAAUCCGUCCAGCAGAAA